AUGCCCCAGUUGAAUAUGAAUUCACAUAGUCCAGUGGUCAACGUUAAACAAUUUGACAAGAUGGAAUUCAGGCUUGAUCACGUCAAUACCGACGAAGACGACAGCGACGUCGAGGAGUGCAUGCAACGUCGAAUUCCCAAGAUUUAUAAACGUCUUGAAAAGAUUUCACCAGAAUUGCAAAAUAAAAAAUCAAGACAUUACAUGGAUUUUGUACCGUCUGAGCCAAUGUUAAGCAUCCAUGAUCAAUAUAAGAUUCAUGAAAACAUUUUAAAACUACAAAAUCAAAUAGGAAUGGAAAUAAUUCAGAAAAAUGGUCAAAGAAAGUUGGGUGGUCCACCACCUGGUUGGCAAGGACCAGUGCCAGGCCCAGGCUGUGAAAUUUUUGUUGGUAAAAUACCAAGAGAUAUUUAUGAAGAUGAAAUAUAUCCAUUAUUCAGAAAAAUUGGAGAAAUUUAUGAGAUGAGAUUAAUGAUGAAUUUUUCUGGAACCAAUAGAGGCUUUUGUUUUAUCAUGUAUGCCAAUCCUGAACUUGCUCAAAGAGCAAUUAAAGAAUUAAAUAACUAUCCGAUUCGUCAAAACUGGUUUUUAGGAGUAGUAGAAAGCGUAAAUAAUUGUCGCUUGCAUGUAACAGAUUUACCAUCUCGUAUUGAUGCUAAAACAAUUAUUAAAAAAAUCUGGCCUGUCUGUGAAGACUUAGACAAAGUUUAUGUUUUCACCAGUUUUAACCACUCGCACAGUAAGCAUGCAUUGAUCACUUUUAAAACACAUAGAAGCGCAGCAAUGGCCAGAAGACGACUUUUACCUGAAAGACAUAGAUUUUUUGAAAAAGUUGAUGUUAGAAUUGAAUGGGCUUAUCCUAACAUAGCUGUUUCCAAUGUGCAAAUUUUGGAUUAA